UGGCUGAGCCCAGAAUGCCUACAAUGCCCACAAUGCCUUCCGAAUCAUGUGACAACCCCCUUGGCUUUCGUACUUGCGCUUCGCUGUUCCGCUUGAACGACGUAUUGUUGUUGCAGUUAGCAAUUAGCCUGUAGCCUAUCGUUCACUCAAAAGGCGCGAUGGGUGCUUCGACUUACGAAAAUUUUCGACUUACAAAAGACCCUUGGGAACGAAUUAAUUUCGUAAGUCGGGGUUCCACUGUAUUAAUCUCUGGCUCUCUUCCACGGCAUGUCUUUUGUCCCGUCUCCCUCCCCUCACACCACCUAUUCAAGGCAGAUUGCUGCUCCUCCAUAAGCCUUGUUCUGCUGUAUUUUUCUUUCUGUUAAAAGGGAGUUUUCCCUUCCCACAGUCGCCAAAGUGCUUGCUCGUGUGGGGGUCAUAUGAUUGUCAGGGUUUUUGUCUGCUUUCUUUAUAUUAUUAUAGGGUCUUUACCUUACAAAGCACUUUGAGGCAACUAUUGUUGUGAUUUCGCACUGUAUAAAUAAAAUUGAAUUAAACUGAACUGAGAACUAUUUUCAGUAGUGACGGAGACUUUUUUUCUUGUAUUCUCAGUUACUCUUGUGAGUUUUAGUUUCCCUAUUGACAGUGGUGAAUUAAAAAAAAAACAGUUUAAUGAGUCACAGGUAUGAAACUGUUAAAAAUGUCCUGACUUUUAGCCACCUCAGAGCCUCCUUAGACUGAUUAUAUAAAGAGUUUAUUGCAUUCACUUCUCUGGAAGUAGAUCAGCAAUACAAAAUAUCUUUUAUGUGCAAGACUUACGUAUGAGUGAUUAGAGUGAGUCUAAAAUGAGUGAAAUGUGGCAUUAUUUUCAACAGAUACAAACGACAGCUGAAGGCGCAAGGAAGGCAGGCAUGUCUCAACAUAAACCAGUUGCACGGGAAAUCCUUAUGAAUAAGUGAAGGUAGAAAGUUUAAAUGACAAAGAAUUGUAACAGCAGGAUUUCCACUGUGGGAGGACAGACAUAAAAAUGUUUGGGGGGUUUUUUUAGCCAAUACUUGGGAAGACAUUCUCACCCAGCUGUGAGUGUAUAUAAGGAGGUUCAGAGAUGAUGAACCUCACAGUCCUGCACACUCAGGCAGCUCAAGAAGGAGACGCACAGCAGCAGAGAUCCUUCAUAUCUGAGAAGAAAAAAUCAGUUGAAGACUGAGCCUUCAGUAGAUCCUCCACUCACUAAUUGAAAAGCUUUAAGAUGAAGACAAGUGUUGCCAUCCAGUGCAUCGUUCUCCUGGCCUGCAUGGCCCUUUGCACUUCACUAGUUAUUCCAAGGUGCCGGUGUUUGAAGAUCAGUAAGUCCAUAAGGGGGGCUCUCAUCGCUCAACUCAAGGUGGAUGAGCCUCGUCCACAUUGCAAUAAGAAAGAAGUCAUUGUCACACUGAAGGAUGGGCGUGAACAGUGUCUCGAUCCUGAGUCUAAAUUCACCAAAACGCUGCUGGAAAAACUGAAUCAGAUGAAAAAAACAGUCGUCAACCCCCAAAGAACCACAGCAUCAACCACAGUGCCAGAAUCAUCAUGAUCCAGUUUACGUGUUUAGUGCUGGUACAACAUGUGUGGAUCAAGAAGAAGGAGGAGCACAGAUUGGGUUCUCAUAGCAAAAUAUGAAUGCAAAGUAGACAGUGACGGCUACAAUGGACAGCAAGAUGUAAAUGGAUUUAAUAUCAGAUGUAAAAUAUUUAUUACCCAAAUUCUCAAUCAGAACUGAGUUUUUUCUGGAGACAAUCAGGGACGUUGCAAAGCUCAUCCUUGAGCCUAUCUUCAGAUUGAAUUUUUGAUUAAUAAGAAUAUAUUUUAUAAAAUGUAUGUUUUUGGGGGGUUUUUUGCUCUUAUUCAGUGCACAUGCAAAUGUCACUACAUGUUCACUAUUGUCUGUGAUAUUAAACUGUGAUAAAUAUGAGCAGUGGUUAUAGGUUAAUCUGUAAUUUAUCUAUUCUUUAAAGGAUUUGUAAACAAUGGAUACAGCAUGUUUAAGUACCAUGUUUAUUUUUAAUGCUGGGAAAUCCCUCAAA